GAAUGAGCUGCAGAGUAGCUCUCACCUCGCAGUCGCAGCCAAGCCCAGGAGCGGAGAGCGAGAGGAAGAAAAGUUUGCCAAAUGGAUUUCUUUACUGGAGUCAGACCUUUAUUAUUUUCAUAUGUACUCAUUAACGGCAUAUUAAUUACUUUACAGACUAAAGAAGAGGUGCUUUUGGACAUGAGGGCAACAGGAGGUGAACUGGGCUGGUUGACAUGGCCCUUAGAUCAGGGUGAAAAACCUGGGUGGGAGGUCACCCAGAGGACCCUGAACGGCUCUCAGUUCUAUACCUACUCCGUCUGCAAUGUUGGGGAACGUGAGCAGGACAACUGGCUGCGCACCACCUUCAUCCAGCGGCGUCCAGCGGCUUCGCGGGUUUUUGUUGAACUCCAGUUCAUCGUACGCGAUUGCAACUCUUUUGAUGCCACCUCGCUGACCUGCAAGGAAACCUUCAACCUCUUCACAUCCGAGUCGGAUGCCGAUGUGGGCACUACCUUCCGCAAGGGCCAGUUUAAGAAAGUGGCCACCAUAGCGCCUGACGAAAUCACCAGCAAAAAUGAACUGCGCAUCAACACUGAGACACGAGUGGUGGAAAACCUGUCUCGAAAAGGCUUCUAUUUGGCUUUUCAAGACAUCGGAGCCUGCGUCGCGCUUCUCUCCACCAGGGUCUACUACAAAACUUGCCCAGCCACAGUGAAAAGCCUUGCAUCGUUCCCCGAGACUGUGGCCGGAGGUGAGAACCAGGCGCUGAGGGAAGUGAGCGGGGUGUGCGUGGAUAACGCUGUCAGCGAGAAGUUGCCCCGCAUCUACUGCACUGUGGAUGGGGAGUGGGUGGUACCAGUCGGACAGUGCCAGUGCAAACCAGGCUAUGAAGAAGUCAAAGAUGCAUGUCAAGAAUGUCAGCCUGGCUUCUUCAAAGCUGUAGCAUCCGGUGACAAGUGUGAACUGUGUCCUGCCAACACACAGAGGCUCAGCUCUGGGGUUUUGUUUUGUCCCUGCAUGGAUGGCUUCUACCGGGCCCCAACUGACCCAUCUACUGGACCCUGCUCAGGCCUCCCCUCUGCCCCACGAGACCUUGUGGCCACCACCACCCAGCUCUCUGCAGGAAAACUCCUCCUCACCUGGAGCCCGCCUGAAGACACCGGAGGUCGAAUCGACAUCACCUACAGCAUUGAAUGUCAACGCUGCGAGGGCAUUGUGUGCCAGCCCUGCGGAGAGAAAAUCCGCUACGAGCCGGCCAGCACGGGCCUGACCGACACCAAGGUUUCAGUGAGCGAGUUGGAUGCUCACCUCAACUACACGUUCAUUGUGGAGGCACAUAGCGGCGUGUCGCUGUUUGCUAGUCAGGCAACGCCACAGGCUUAUAGACCCCCAUCCACCAGCGCUCUAACGACAUCACUACACUACACAGACCCCCCCAAGAUUACCACGAUGCGAGUGGUUGAGAGGACCUCCACCAGCUUGUCCCUUUCCUGGGACGUAUCCCCCCGACCACGGGUCCCUAACACACAAGUCCGGCCCAUCCGCUAUGAACUUACCUUCCGCAAGAAGGAUGAUAACCUGGAUAUGACUACCUACAUCGUGCUCAUACUGGAGAAGAAUUCUGUGCAGAUCAACGAUCUGGCCCCGGGAACGGCCUACCUGUUCAGGGUGCAGGCCCUCAGCAGUGAUGGCAGCCCUGGAGGCUCCAGCAUAGAGGAACAGUUUGAGACCUCGUCUGAAGGACGCCUUACUCAAAACAACCCGGCAGUCAUUUUCGGCGCAGCAGUCGGAGGAGCGGCCAUGCUGUUCGUAGUGGUCGUGAUCCUGUUCCUACGCAGACGGAAAAGAAACUCUAACUCCAGGCAAGGGCCAGAGGACACCUACUUCUCCAGCUCAGAGCAAUUGAAGCCUCUGAAGACCUACGUGGAUCCACACACAUACGAGGACCCCAACGUAGCCGUCCUGAAGUUUGCCACUGAAAUCCACCCAAGCCACAUAACCAAACAGAAAGUCAUUGGAGCUGGGGAGUUCGGUGAGGUGUACCGCGGCAUUCUGAAGGUGCCGGCGAGGAAAGAGGUGGCAGUUGCUAUCAAGACGCUGAAGCCAGGGUACACGGAGAAGCAGAGGCAGGACUUUCUAAGCGAGGCCUCCAUCAUGGGCCAGUUUUCCCACCAGAACAUUAUUCGCUUGGAGGGGGUGGUCACCAAAUGUAAGGAUUUCUUCAAACAUGCCAUGAUCGUUACUGAAUACAUGGAGAACGGAGCACUGGACAGGUAUCUUAAGGACCACGAUGGCGAGUUUCCUUCCUUCCAGCUGGUAGGCAUGCUGCGUGGCAUCGCUGCAGGCAUGAAGUACCUCUCUGACAUGAGCUACGUCCACCGUGACCUAGCUGCCCGCAACAUCCUUGUCAACAACACCCUGGAGUGUAAAGUGUCAGACUUCGGCCUGUCCCGGGUGCUGGAGGACAAUCCUGAGGGGACGUACACCACAAGUGGAGGUAAGAUCCCCAUUCGCUGGACGGCUCCUGAGGCAAUAGCAUACAGAAAGUUCACCUCAGCCAGCGAUGUGUGGAGUUUUGGCAUCGUCAUGUGGGAGGUCAUGGCCUUUGGCGAAAGGCCUUACUGGGACAUGAGUAACCAUGAGGUGAUGAAGGCUAUUAACGAGGCUUUUAGGCUGCCUGCGCCGAUGGACUGCCCAUCAACUGUUUAUCAGCUGAUGCUGCAGUGCUGGCUCCAGGAUCGCUCCAAGAGGCCGCGCUUUGGAGACAUCGUCAACCUGCUGGACAAGCUGCUGCGGAGCCCAGACUCCCUGAAGACCAUCGCAGACUUCGACCCACGCAUAUCCAUCCGCCUUCCAAGCACCAGCGGCUCGGACGGUUCCCCCUUCAGGUCGGUGUCUGAGUGGCUGGAGUCCAUCAAGAUGAGUCAGUACAGUGAGAACUUCACCUGCGCUGGGGUCGUCACCAUGGACCAUGUCCUGCAGAUGAAGAAUGAGGAUAUUAAGAACAUUGGGGUGAGGCUGCCUGGCCAUUUAAAAAGAAUUGCCUACAGCAUCUUGGGUUUAAAGGACCAGACCAGCACCCUGAGUGUCUUUGCAGUGUGAUCCUGACAAAGAAGGGAAUUAAAUCCGGGCACUGAAGCAGGCAGACUUUGAACUCUAAGCUGAGCUGGAGCAAAACUGCAGGCACGGCCUUGGAUCGGCAGGACCAAGAGAACUGUGCCAUCCAUUGGGGCCAACUGAAAUCAGACUGACUUACUGUACAUUUUUGAUUUCUUCAUCUUAUUCAUACAGGAAUUGAGCAAAUAUACAAAAAUAGACGAUUCACAUAGACUGUAUAUUUUAGAUAUCUAUUUUUUUUAUCCAUGUCUUCUGUACAGUUACAAUUCAUUGCUCAUGCAUUUCUUUUUUUUUCCUUCAUCUCACAUUCCUGCUUCAUAAAAAAUCAACAAACAAGCCAGUUCUGGGAGCGGCUUCAACUUUACAAAAUUGCAGCCUGAGCGUGUUGCAUCCAGUAUCAAACAAACAAGAGAAGCAUAGUCAUUGUGAUAGAGUGGGAGCAGUGGAGCCUAGCCCUGGCUCAGGUUGUGGUUGGUGCUGAUGUCACGGCGUCUCCCUUUAAUUGGCACUUUGGUCCAUUUCCUGUCAGACAAAUGAGGAUGGAGCGUUGACACGGCUGAAAUGAGCUUGAGCUGGCCCAAAGGCAAAGAGACGUUCUUGCGUAGGUGUAUAAACACAGAUGGACCUGGUGUCGUUACUGGCCUUCUGCUUGCUCUGUGCAGAAAUUAAGCGAUGAUCAUAUAAGUGAUGUUAUAUGAAAAAAGAGAGGAUAUAUAUUAGGUACUCUUUGUGUACAGAUUACCAAAAACAUUGGGAUUACAAUUUAUAAUGUAGCACUUAGAUCGUGAAUCUCAUGAUCUCUUUCUUAGUUUGUUUCAGAAUUGCAGGAAAAGGGCGAUUACACACAAAAUCGUGGAAAAAAAUAAAAUAAAAAAUGUGUAUAUAUAUAUAUAUAUAUAUAUAUAUAUAUAUAUAUAUAUAUAUAUAUAUAUAUAUAUAUAUAUAUAUAUAUAUAUAUAAAAGUUUCAAUUAGAAAGCAAUCCAUCUGUUUGUAGCAUGUAAUGAAGAGGGAGAGGGUGAAGUUUGUAAAUGUAAAUGCCCUGGGGAAAAAAAGAUUUAAUGAUGAGUGAUUGUUGUGGUUGAGAUGAUUUCAUACUAAAUAAUAGUUUGGUUUGCAAUUUUAAUGUCUAAUUUAGUUUUGUAGAAUUUUUACAAAUAUCCAUUCAUAUUUCUGUUGGUUUGAGUAACAUGUUGACAGGAUAUGCUUUGACAAUUAAGAGCUCGUUCCAGACAUUCAAAGACAUUUUUGUGGAACAUUAGCGGGAGUUUGCUUCUGUCUGUUUUAAUGAAGCAACUCUCCAGUGUAGUGAGAAGUGUAUAGUGGACAGUUCCCCCAGUGCUCUUAAUUGAAGACUGCAAAUGAUUGUGUUACUGAUGUACACCUUCCUUUACUUGAAUUUCUACUGUAUUUGUAUCCAUGAUUCUAUUGUAGCUGAUCGAUCCAUCUUUGGAAAAGGGAUUUUUUUUAUUUUGUUAUUACUCUGGUUUACUGGUUGCAAUUACAUUUUGUAUGAUUUCACUAUUACUAUAAUACCAAACUGGUUAUUUUUUUAAGUUCCAAUCACUUUCCAAAGCAAUGUCUCCUACCUUUGCUGCCUUUCCAAACACUUUGAGAGUUCCUCCAUCAAAAAGCAAACUCUUUCCUUUUUGCCUGUUGUUUUAUUAUACUGUAUUUAAUAGCCUAUUUAUUUUUUACUUUUAUUUAUUUAUGCUGAUAAACACUGAGCUGGGAUUAUAAUUGAAGGUUGUGCUCUCAUUCUCAAUAAUAAUAAAUUUAAAAAAGCUCUGUCA